AAUACACCAGCCUCUUGAACCUUGGGACUCCCAGGCUUGCUCCUUUGAUAACACCACCUGACAUUUUAGAACCUUCAUUUACAACACAGCAAUGGGAGAUGCUGAAAUGGCUGAAUAUGGGGCGGCUGCCUCCUACUUGAGGAAAUCUGACAAGGAGCGUUUGGAGGCUCAGACCAAACCCUUUGACCUCAAGAAAGAAUGCUUUGUUCCUGAUCCAGUGGAAGAGUUUGUCAAAGCCAAGAUCAUUAGUCGCGAUGGUGACAAAGUCACUGCUGAAACCUACCAUGGCAAGACUGUAACCGUGAAAGAAGACUUAGUGGUGCAGCAGAAUCCUCCCAAAUUUGAUAAAAUAGAGGACAUGGCCAUGCUAACUUUCUUGCACGAGCCAGCUGUUCUGUAUAACCUCAAAGAGCGUUAUGCAGCCUGGAUGAUUUAUACCUACUCAGGGCUUUUCUGUGUCACUGUGAAUCCAUACAAGUGGCUGCCUGUGUACAAUGCAGAGGUGGUUGCUGCCUACCGGGGUAAGAAGAGGACAGAGGCUCCCCCACACAUCUUCUCCAUCUCUGACAAUGCCUACCAGUACAUGCUGACAGAUCGCGAAAACCAGUCAAUCCUGAUCACCGGAGAAUCUGGUGCUGGAAAGACUGUGAAUACCAAAAGAGUCAUUCAGUACUUUGCCAGCAUUGCUGCAACAGGAGGAAAGAAAGACACCACAGUUUCCGCCAAGGGAACUCUGGAAGAUCAAAUCAUCCAGGCGAAUCCAGCUCUAGAAGCCUUUGGCAAUGCCAAAACUGUCAGGAAUGAUAACUCUUCCCGUUUUGGAAAAUUUAUUAGAAUCCACUUUGGUGCUACGGGUAAGCUGGCUUCAGCGGACAUAGAGACAUACCUCCUAGAGAAGUCUCGUGUGGUGUUCCAGCUCAAGUCUGAAAGGGACUAUCACAUUUUCUACCAGAUCCUGUCCAACAAGAAGCCAGAGCUACUAGACAUGCUGUUGGUUACAAACAAUCCCUAUGACUAUGCCUUCAUCUCUCAAGGAGAAACAACAGUGGCCUCCAUUGAUGAUGCUGAUGAACUGAUGGCUACAGAUAGUGCAUUUGAUGUACUGGGCUUUACUCAAGAGGAGAAGAACUCUGUGUACAAGCUAACUGGAGCUAUCAUGCACUAUGGGAAUAUGAAGUUCAAGCAGAAGCAGAGAGAGGAGCAGGCUGAGCCUGAUGGCACAGAGGAAGCAGAUAAGGCUGCCUAUCUUAUGGGUCUGAAUUCUGCUGACCUUCUUAAGGGCCUUUGCCAUCCCAGAGUCAAAGUAGGGAAUGAGUGGGUCACAAAGGGGCAGAAUGUACAACAGGUAAACUAUUCUGUUGGUGCCCUGGCCAAGGCCGUAUAUGAAAAGAUGUUCAGCUGGAUGGUGAUGAGAAUCAACCAGUCCUUGGAAACAAAGCAGCCACGGCAAUAUUUCAUUGGAGUGCUGGACAUUGCUGGCUUUGAGAUCUUUGAUUUCAACAGUUUUGAACAGCUCUGCAUCAAUUUCACCAAUGAAAAAUUGCAACAGUUCUUCAAUCAUCACAUGUUUGUGCUUGAGCAAGAGGAGUACAAGAAAGAGGGAAUUGAGUGGGAAUUCAUUGACUUCGGAAUGGACCUGCAGGCCUGCAUUGACCUCAUUGAGAAGCCUAUGGGAAUCAUGUCCAUCCUUGAAGAGGAGUGCAUGUUCCCGAAGGCUACAGACAUGACAUUUAAAGCCAAGCUGUAUGACAACCAUCUGGGCAAGUCCAACAACUUUCAAAAGCCAAGGGUGAUUAAGGGGAAGCCAGAGGCUCACUUUGCACUGGUGCACUAUGCUGGCACAGUAGAUUACAACAUCAUGAACUGGCUGGUGAAGAAUAAAGACCCACUGAACGAAACAGUCGUUGGGCUGUACCAGAAGUCCGCACUUAAACUUCUAAGCAUUCUCUUUAUCAAUUAUGCUGGGGCAGAUUCAGCUGGUCAAGAGGGUGGAGGAAAAGUCAAAGGGACUAAAAAGAAGGGUUCUUCAUUCCAAACGGUGUCAGCACUACAUAGGGAAAAUCUGAACAAACUAAUGACAAAUUUGAGAUCUACACAUCCUCACUUUGUGCGCUGCAUCAUUCCAAAUGAGACAAAGACACCAGGGAAGAUGGAUAACCCUCUGGUGAUGCACCAGCUACGUUGUAACGGUGUCCUGGAAGGCAUCAGAAUCUGUAGGAAGGGAUUCCCUAAUAGGAUUCUGUAUGGGGAUUUCAAACAGAGAUAUCGUAUCCUGAAUCCAGCUGCUAUCCCAGAGGGUCAGUUCAUAGACAGCAAGAAGGGAGCAGAGAAACUCUUGGGAUCCUUAGAUAUUGACCAUAACCAAUAUAAGUUUGGACACACCAAGGUGUUUUUUAAAGCUGGCCUUUUGGGUCAGCUGGAGGAAAUGAGGGAUGACCGCUUGUCUCGCAUCAUCACUCGAAUCCAGGCCCAAUCCCGUGGUGUUCUCUCUAGACUGGAGUACAAAAAGAUGGUGGACAGGAGAGAUGCUUUGCUGGUCAUUCAGUGGAAUGUACGUGCAUUUAUGGGUGUGAAGAAUUGGCCUUGGAUGAAACUCUACUUCAAAAUAAAGCCACUUCUGAGAUCAGCAGAGACCGAAAAGGAAAUGGCAACCAUGAAGGAGGAAUUUCUGAAGCUGAAAGAGGCCUAUGCAAAAUCUGAGGCUCGCAGGAAAGAAUUAGAAGAAAAAAUGGUGUCGCUUCUCCAGGAAAAGAAUGAUUUGCAGCUUCAAGUUCAAGCUGAGCAAGAUAAUCUUGCAGAUGCAGAAGAACGGUGUGAUCAACUGAUCAAGAACAAAAUUCAGCUGGAAGCGAAAGCCAAAGAACUAAAUGAACGCCUUGAGGAUGAAGAAGAAAUGAAUGCUGAGCUAACAGCCAAGAAGAGAAAACUGGAAGAUGAGUGCUCUGAGCUGAAAAAAGACAUUGAUGAUCUAGAACUCACCCUGGCAAAAGUGGAAAAGGAGAAGCAUGCCACUGAGAACAAAGUGAAGAACCUGACUGAGGAAAUGGCUGGUCUUGAUGAGAUUAUUGCCAAGCUGACCAAAGAGAAGAAAGCGUUGCAAGAAGCUCAUCAGCAAACCCUAGAUGACUUGCAGAGUGAAGAGGACAAAGUAAAUUCUCUGACUAAAGCCAAGGCCAAGUUGGAGCAACAAGUUGAUGAUCUUGAAGGCUCUCUUGAACAAGAAAAAAAGGUGCGCAUGGACCUUGAAAGAAUUAAGAGGAAACUAGAAGGGGACUUGAAGCUCUGUCAGGAAAGCCUAAUGGACCUAGAAAAUGAUAAGCAACAACUAGAGGAAAGGCUGAAAAAGAAGGACUUUGAGAUAAACCAGCUUAAUGGAAAAAUUGAAGAUGAGCAAGCACUAGCAGCCCAGCUCCUGAAAAAACUGAAGGAACUUCAGGCUCGUAUUGAGGAGCUGGAAGAAGAACUUGAGGCUGAGAGAGCUGCUAGAGCUAAAGUGGAGAAGCAGCGGGCAGACUUAUCUCGGGAAUUAGAGGAGAUCAGCGAGAGACUAGAAGAGGCUGGAGGAGCCACCUCUGCCCAAAUUGAGAUGAACAAAAAGCGGGAGGCCGAGUUUCAGAAAAUGAGACGAGACCUUGAGGAGGCAACCCUGCAUCAUGAAGCUACAGCUGCCACACUUAGGAAGAAACAUGCCGACAGUGUGGCUGAGCUGGGUGAGCAGAUUGACAAUCUGCAAAGAGUCAAGCAAAAGCUUGAAAAGGAGAAGAGUGAGCUGAAGCUGGAACUGGAUGAUGUGGUGUCAAACAUGGAGCAAGUCGUUAGAGCCAAGACAAAUCUUGAAAAGAUGUGCAGAACAAUGGAGGACCAAAUGAAUGAAUAUAAGACAAAAUAUGAGGAAAGCCAACGGACUUUGAAUGAUUUUGCUACACAGAAAGCUAAACUACAGACUGAAAGUGGGGAAUACAGUAGGCAGUUAGAAGAAAAAGAUUCUUUGGUCUCUCAGUUGACCAGGGGAAAACUGUCCUACACUCAGCAAGUUGAAGAUCUCAAGAGACAACUGGAAGAGGAAGUGAAGGCCAAGAAUGCUCUAGCCCAUGCAGUUCAGUCCGCACGUCAUGAUUCUGACCUCCUCAGAGAGCAGUAUGAAGAGGAGCAGGAAGCCAAAGCAGAGCUGCAGCGCAUUCUGUCCAAAGCCAAUACAGAGGUGGCUCAGUGGAGAACCAAAUAUGAAACAGAUGCCAUUCAGAGGACAGAGGAACUGGAAGAAGCAAAGAAGAAGCUGGCCCAGAGGCUGCAGGAUGCAGAAGAAGCUGUUGAAGCAGCAAAUGCCAAGUGUUCUUCCUUGGAAAAGACCAAACACAGACUGCAGAAUGAGAUUGAAGAUCUCAUGGUGGACGUGGAAAGAUCUAAUGCAGCAGCUGCAGCACUUGACAAGAAGCAGAAAAAUUUUGAUAAGGUUUUGUGUGAGUGGAAACAAAAGUUUGAGGAGUCCCAAAGUGAACUGGAGAGCUCCCAAAAGGAAGCCAGGUCACUAAGCACUGAACUCUUCAAACUGAAGAACGCCUAUGAAGAGACUUUAGACCAACUGGAGACCUUGAAAAGGGAAAACAAAAACCUGCAAGAGGAGAUCUCGGAUCUAACUGAGCAACUUGGAGAAGGAGGAAAGACCAUCCAUGAACUGGAAAAAAUACGCAAACAACUGGAGCAAGAAAAGGCUGAUCUGCAGUCUGCUUUAGAAGAAGCCGAGGCUUCUCUGGAACAUGAGGAAGGCAAGAUCCUCCGAGCCCAGCUCGAAUUUAACCAGAUUAAGGCUGACUUUGAGCGCAAGCUAGCUGAGAAGGAGGAAGAGAUGGACCAGGCAAAGAGGAACCACCAAAGGGUUGUGGACACCUUACAGACCUCACUGGAAUCAGAAACUCGUAGCAGAAAUGAGGCUCUGAGGCUAAAGAAGAAGAUGGAGGGAGACUUAAAUGAGAUGGAAGUUCAGCUCAGUCAGACAAACAGACUUGCUGCUGAAACACAGAAGCAGCUUAAGAUUGUCCAUGCUCACCUAAAGGAUGCACAGAUUCAUCUCGAUGACUCCUUACGGGUAAAUGAUGACCUGAAGGAGAAUAUUGCAAUUGUGGAGAGGCGAAAUAAUCUACUCCAGGCUGAGCUGGAAGAGCUGAGGGGAGCGGUGGAGCAGACAGAAAGAGCCCGCAAGCUGGCUGAGCAGGAGCUCAUAGAGAUCAGUGAGAGGGUUCAGCUGCUACAUUCACAGAACACAAGUCUGAUCAACCAGAAGAAGAAACUUGAAAGUGACAUUGCACAGCUUCAAACUGAGGUGGAAGAAGCUGUGCAAGAGUGCAGAAAUGCAGAGGAGAAAGCCAAAAAAGCCAUCACUGAUGCAGCCAUGAUGGCAGAAGAGCUAAAGAAGGAACAAGACACUAGUGCCCACCUAGAACGGAUGAAGAAAAACAUGGAGCAGACCAUUAAAGAUCUACAGCACCGGCUUGACGAGGCUGAGCAAAUUGCCAUGAAAGGUGGCAAAAAGCAGCUGCAAAAGCUGGAGGCCCGUGUAAGGGAGUUAGAAAACGAACUGGAAGCAGAACAAAGAAAAAGUGUUGAAGCUGUUAAAGGAGCCAGGAAGUAUGAGAGACGCAUCAAGGAGCUUACCUACCAGACAGAGGAGGACCGUAAGAACAUGGCACGUCUGCAGGACUUGGUAGAUAAGCUCCAGCUGAAGGUCAAGGCAUACAAAAGAAGCUCAGAAGAGGCUGAGGAGCAAGCCAAUGCAAACCUGGCUAAGUUCAGAAAGCUGCAGCACGAACUGGAUGAGGCUGAAGAGAGAGCUGACAUUGCAGAGUCACAGGUCAACAAAUUGCGAGCCAAAAGCCGAGACAUUGGAGCAAAGAAAGGGCUGGAUGAAGAGUGAAGCUCUUACAAGGACCUUUCUGAGCAGUCUUGUGUGGUUUAGUUGUCCUUCUAUGCUCUGUCUUUCCCCUUUCCUGUAUACUCAGUAGAAUAAAGUAUUUCAAAAUCAA